AUGAAAUUUCCAAUCGAGACGCCAAGAAAGCAGGUGAACUGGGAUCCUAAAGUGGCCGUGCCUGCAGCAGCUCCACCAGCGUGCCAGCCCAAGAGUGCCACUAACGGGCAGCAUCCGGUUCCCCGCCUCUCCAUUUCCUCCCGAGCCACGGUGGUAGCCAGGAUGGAAGGAGCCUCCCAGGGAGGCCUGCAGACAGUUAUGAAGUGGAAAACGGUGGUUGCCAUCUUUGUGGUGGUGGUGGUCUACCUCGUCACAGGUGGCCUUGUCUUCCGGGCAUUGGAACAGCCCUUUGAGAGCAGUCAGAAGAACACCAUCGCCUUGGAGAAGGCAGAAUUCUUGAGAGAUCACAUCUGUGUGAGCCCGCAGGAGCUGGAGACAUUGAUCCAGCAUGCGCUCGAUGCUGACAAUGCAGGAGUCAGCCCGGUAGGAAACUCUUCCAACAGCAGCAGCCACUGGGACCUCGGAAGUGCCUUUUUCUUUGCUGGAACUGUCAUCACGACCAUAGGGUAUGGGAACAUUGCUCCAAGCACUGAAGGAGGCAAAAUCUUUUGUAUUUUAUAUGCCAUCUUUGGGAUUCCGCUCUUUGGUUUCUUAUUGGCUGGAAUUGGAGACCAACUUGGAACCAUCUUUGGCAAAAGCAUUGCAAGAGUGGAAAAGGUUUUCCGAAAAAAGCAAGUGAGUCAGACCAAGAUCCGGGUCAUCUCCACUAUUCUGUUUAUCUUGGCUGGCUGCAUCGUGUUUGUGACGAUCCCCGCUGUCAUCUUUAAAUACAUCGAGGGCUGGACAGCCUUGGAGUCCAUUUACUUUGUGGUGGUCACCCUGACUACAGUAGGCUUUGGUGAUUUUGUGGCAGGGGGAAAUGCUGGCAUCAACUACCGAGAGUGGUAUAAGCCGUUGGUGUGGUUUUGGAUCCUUGUUGGCCUUGCCUACUUCGCUGCUGUCCUUAGUAUGAUAGGAGACUGGCUGCGCGUUUUAUCCAAAAAGACGAAAGAAGAGGUGGGUGAGAUCAAAGCCCAUGCAGCCGAGUGGAAAGCCAACGUCACCGCCGAGUUCCGGGAGACCAGAAGGCGACUCAGCGUUGAGAUCCAUGACAAGCUGCAGCGAGCAGCCACCAUCCGCAGUAUGGAGCGCCGGAGGCUGGGCUUGGAUCAGAGGGCCCACUCUCUGGACAUGCUAUCCCCAGAGAAGCGUUCUGUCUUUGCAGCCCUGGAUACGGGACGUUUCAAGGCUUCAUCCCAGGAAAGCAUCAACAACCGACCCAACAACCUGCGCCUUAAGGGGUCAGAACAGCUCAACAAGCAUGGGCAAGGCGCUUCUGAGGACAACAUCAUCAACAAGUUUGGGUCCACCUCCAAACUCACCAAGAGGAAAAACAAAGAUCUCAAAAAGACCUUACCAGAGGAUGUUCAGAAAAUCUAUAAGACCUUUCGGAAUUACUCUCUGGAUGAAGAGAAGAAAGAGGAGGAGACAGAAAAGAUGUGUAACUCAGACAACUCCAGCACAGCCAUGCUGACGGAAUGUAUACAGCAGCAAGCUGAGAUGGAGAAUGGAAUGGUACCCACGGACACCAAAGACCAGGGGCUGGAGAACAACUCAUUACUUCAAGACAGAGAGUGA